GGAAUGCAUGGAUUUGACGAAAAGAUGAUCCAAUCCUAUGGAAGCAUUGUCGGUCUCUACUUAGGAUCUAUUCCUUCUCUACUGAUAGCAGACCCCGAGAUAAUCAAGAAAAUAACAACUAAAGACUUCUCAAAGGCUCCAAACAGAUUGCUUUGGGGGACAAAUUUUUGGGAAGGAUACCACUGGAGAUUUAUGAGAAACACACUUUUACCAACAUUUUCAAGUGGGAAAAUGAAAAAGGGGUACUUUUUAACGUUACCCAAAAAAAAAAGGUGUAACACUGUAAUUAUUUUCAUUGCUCCCAAAAGACUGUCACAGUUGAAGGACAGUUCAAAUUUGAAAAACCAAUCAAUGUAUAAGCAAUUUUUGGGAAAAGGUACACGAGGGAAAUUUGGCCUCGGUUUCGGAAUGGACAUAGACUCGCAGACAAACCCAGAUAAUAAAUUUGUGAAAUAUGCCAAAGAGCUGUUCAACAACAAGUUAUCGUUGCUUUUUUUUCUAUUUAAUAAAACAGACCCGCUACAGUUAAUGUUGAAUGCUCAUAAAGACACCGAAAAGAAUGAAAAAGAGGAACACAGCUAUGAAGAGGAUCCUAAAAAGGAAAAGGAGGAGUUACCAACUUAUGACAAUGUACAGAAGAUUGACUACAUGGAGUGGGUUUUCAAUGAGACACUUAGAUUUUAUCCGCCAGCUAGAGAUCCUAAAUACUGGCCAGAACCUGACAAAUUUGAUCCAGAAAGGUUUUCUCCUGAAAACAAGGGACGUCACCCAUACGCCUUCCUUCCAUUUGGCCAUGGACCUAGAAACUGUAUAGGGCAACGCCUAGCUGCCAUGGAAGCUAAAUGUGCCAUUAUCUAA